GCGAAAUGCGAUAGAGAGUAGCACGUCCUUCGGCGAUCCGGACUUGCUGGUUCCGGCCGCUUCGAGCGACUCGUUUGGCCAACCACGCCCGACUCGUCCACGGCAUGGUUCGAAACAUUUAGCGUACAAGCGCUCAGAGCGCUGCAGUGCCAAGUUGCAGACGUGUCGCGUGGUGUCCAGCUGCGGCGUCCACUGGCGUUGCCCGGCGCAGCGACGUGGUCGAACGCGCGCUGCUCAUUGGCGAAGUUUGCUUUCGAUUUCGUCGUGUUACUCGACGACCAUCGAAGGCCCCUGGCGUCGCGUUCAGUGCGCCACUGGAGCCACAGGGGCACGACUCGCGAUCUAGAAGGGCGAUCUUCGCAUGAGCGCGCGCUGAUUGGUCCCUUUGGAAUCUGAUUCUGAGCACAGAGUGUCGUCGAAUUUUCGAACCGUCGCGGACCAAUCCGUGGGCGCCAGCGCCGUGGUGGCAGAUGGUUCGAUGUGCCGCCUGUCUUUUUAUAUUUCGCGUCUCGGCAUACAAAGUAUAUGUUCAAAUAAAAUAUAGAAUUAAAAUUUCCCACCGGUGCGACUUUGCCGUUGGGCAACCCACACGUCGGGGCAUGGAUUGGGGCGCACUCUACCACGACACGGGCGACAGCCUCGUCCAGUCGCAGCGCUCCAGCCUCGCACUCGUACCUAUGGCCUCGACGUCCUCGACAACGACGCGGAGCUGGGCCACGAUGGACGACGCCCACGACGUGGCCGAGACGCGCUCGUCGCGCGCUGCGCACCAGCUCAUCUCGUUCUCGCUCUCGCGGUCCAUGAGCUUCCAAGUGCUCGAGUACGACGUCGAGAGCGCGUACUCGCCGCUCGUCGCGUACUCGUUCACGGUCAACUACAUCCUCGGCGUUGGCAGCCUCGGCGUGCCGUACGCGUUGUACCAUGCUGGCCUCCUCUUUGGCUCGAUCAUGCUCCUCAUCGUCUCGUGGCUCUCGUACAUCACCGUCAUGUGGGUAAGCGAGACAACGGUGCGCGCGCGCGAGCUCGACGCGAUGAACACGCACACCAAACUGCUCGCCGACCCGAUGCAUUUUCCGGAGGUAACGACGCUCUGCGAGCGCUUCCUCGGCCACAUUGGCGCGCGCGUCUACCAGAUCUCGCUCCUCGGCUUGAUGUACGGCGGCCUCAUUGGCUACGCGCAAGUGUUUGUCAACAGCAUUGCGUCGCAGCUCGCGUCCUUUGCCAUGAGCAACGUGGCGGUCGCGAUCGUGUUUGGCCUCAUUGUCGUGCCGCUCUCGUGCGUGGAUCUCAACGAGCAGAUCCACGUGCAAGUCGGCAUGGCCGUGCUGCGCUUUGUAGCGCUGCUGACCAUGAUUGUGAGCGCCGCCGUGGCCAUGUGGACAGACGCCGCCGACAGCGGCAGCACCACAACGACGACGACGCCAUACCUCAGCGACGUGCCGCUCGUGGACUUUCGCGGUUUUGGGUUGCUCUUCAGCACGACUGUCUUUUCCCAGCUCUUUCAACACUCGGUGCCCGGCCUCCUCGCACCGCUCUCGCGUGCCAACCAGCCGAAAGCGGCGCAGAUUUUUGGCGGUGCGCUCCUGACGACGACGCUCUUCUACCUCGGCCUUGGCCUCACAUGCUGCUACUACUUUGGCGACCGCAUUAGCUCGAGCGUCAACCUCAACUGGGCCAACUUUACGUGGGGCUUGGACCCGGUGCCGAUCUGGGCGCGCUGCCUCACGGCGCUCGUCGUGUUGUUUCCGGCUCUGGACACGCUCAGCGUGUUUCCGUUGAUUGCGAUCACGCUCGGCGACAACCUCGCGGUCUCGCUGCGGCACUGCUGCACGUUUUUGAGCCGCAGCCAAGUGCGCGUUUUCUGCCGCCUCGUCGCGGCGCUCCCGCCCCUUGUCGUUGCCGUGCUCGUCUCGGAUCUGAGCGUGACGCUGCAGAUCUCGGGUGUCUUUGGUGUCUACGUGGCCUUCCUUGCGCCCGCGCUCUUGCAAUUUGUGGCACGCCGCGAGGACCCGCGUGACAACAUGUACUCGGGUCGUUUCAGCGGCGACUUCUAUAUCUAUUUGGUGCUGCUCUUUGGCGUCGCCGCCUUUGGUAUCCUGAGCUUCCAGAUCGGCACGCAAGGGGUGUAAUAUGACCUUUUCUUGUCUGCCGCCCAUCCUCUCGGCCCUACGGCAACGACUUGAGUGCUCGAACGUACGGUCGCAAUUUUUCUCGGAGCUCAGUUUUCAUCUUAACGAAUCAAUCAGCGAUGCAUUUUUUACAUUGGACUAUACCUAGAGGCUAAAAACA